AUGGCCGACUAUAUGAGCACGCCUCUCUAUGGCGGCGCAGUCGUCUGCGACCUGCCGAAAAAGUUUGCCGAUGUGAGUAAGCUGCGGCAAGUCCCCGACAACCAGGAGGUCUGGAUCGACACAGACGGCUUCACUAGCAUCAUAUUCGACAUCACCGAGCGCGUCGGCGGCCCGGGCGAUGGCCCCGAGAUCGACGGCCGUGCCAUGACGACGCACCUUGAGGACAUGGUCGGCACCGACAUCGAUACGGUCAGAAUCUGGAACACGGCCGAGACCGAGUUCACUCGUCUCGAAUCCAAGCCCCCGGCCUACACCCUCAUCGCCACCCAGACGCCCAAGAUCGGGCAGUCGCGAGACCAAACCUCCGCUCCCGACUUUACUGCCAUCAUCAUGACCCUGCUGCGUCUCGAGCGAUACAAGACGGAUAUCCUCAUCACCAUCAACGUGCCCCACAUCAAGGGCGAGUACGACCAGGACGAGGUCGACCUCGAACUCGGCAAGCAGGGAAAGCUCAUAGGCGACGCCGUAGAGUAUUCCGCCCGUAUCUGGGAGACGCUGAAAGUCAAGGAUUGGGAGCUUUUCGGGGCGCCUUGA